UUUAAUUAAUUAAAAAUAGUGAUCAUGAUUGAAAAUAAAUUUCAUUUUCUUUUCUACUGUAUUUAGCUCUCUCGCUCUCACACCAAAAUCGUCUGAUCACUUCACUUCAGUGUAAAACCCUUUUCCAAGAUCUACUAGUCCACUACUCUGUUUCUGUUAGAGUGUUUCAGAGAGAGACAGAGAGAGACAGAUUUUGGAGGGAAUGGCGAGUGGUGGAGGAUAUGGAGAUGCGAGCCAGAAGAUCGACUACGUCUUCAAGGUGGUGCUCAUAGGCGACUCCGCCGUCGGGAAGUCACAGAUACUUGCUCGCUUCGCCAGGAACGAGUUCAGCUUGGACUCCAAAGCCACCAUCGGAGUCGAAUUCCAGACUCGAACCCUAGUCAUUCAGCACAAGUCCGUCAAGGCUCAGAUCUGGGACACCGCUGGCCAAGAACGAUACAGAGCUGUUACGAGCGCGUACUACAGGGGAGCAGUUGGGGCUAUGUUGGUGUAUGACAUAACCAAACGGCAAACCUUCGAGCACAUACCCCGUUGGUUGGAAGAAUUGCGUAGUCAUGCUGACAAGAAUAUUGUCAUCAUUCUAAUUGGAAAUAAAACUGAUCUCGAAGACCAGCGAGCAGUCCCUACUGAGGAUGCCAAAGAAUUCGCCGAGAAGGAAGGACUAUUCUUCUUAGAGACCUCAGCACUGGAAUCAACAAACGUGGAGACUGCAUUCUUGACUGUAUUGACAGAGAUCUUCAACAUCGUGAAUAAGAAGAACCUAGUCGCAGGUGAGGAUCAAGGUAACGGCAAUCCUGCAUCGCUGUCUGGCAAGAAGAUCAUUAUCCCUGGUCCUGGGCAAGUAGUUCCAGAAAGGAAGAUGUGCUGUAAAUCUUCGUGAGAUGUUUGGAUUUGGGAUUUGGGAUUUGGGAUUUGGGAUCUUUACUUCUAUAUAUCUAGUAGUGAUUUUUGAAAUGUCAGGUGUAUUUUUGCUGUAUAUCUUUCAUUGUUAUAGCUUGUUUUGCAAGAGGAAAUUGACUACAUGUGUUGAUUGAUUUGCCUUCUGCUGAUUCUAUUAUCUUGGGAUUUCAGUUCUAAAA